GGAGGUGGAAUCGAACCCGCACCCACCUAACUGUGAGGCGGACGUGCUACCCAGUGCCCCACCGAGCCGCCCUUAGGAUCCAUCCGUUGCAAAGUUUCUUUGAACCAUUGCAAAGACUGAGUUUUUUUUAUUUUUUGUAUGUGUAUUUACAAAGGAACCUUUGUUUGACUUUGAAGAAACCUCUAGGAAGUUUCUUUGAUAAGUGCAAUCAGGCAUUGGUGUAAUGCAUGAUACUGAGUCUUUCCUGGAUCAGCAGAAGCAAGCUCGAGAGUUGGCGACCCCAGAAAACACUCCUCAAGGUGCAAACAACGCCCUCUCCCCCAACCGCAUCACACGUCUCCAGGAGAUGGAAGAUCUCAGCAACCUCAACAACCGUCUGGCCGUUUACAUCGACAACGCCCGUUCCCUGGAAGUGGAGAACGGCGGCUUGCGUUUGCACAUCACUGAAUCCGAAACAGAGGUGUCCCGGCAGCUGACGGGCCUGAAGGCCGUUUACGAGAUGGAGCUGGCGGAUGCCCGUGCGACUCUGGACUCGGAGGUCAAAGAGCGUGGACAUCUGGAGCUGGAGGUGAGCAAGCUGAGGGUGGAAUUCAAGGAGAUGAAAGCAAGGUGAGGCCCGGCCAUUUUA